UAUACAUAUACAUAUAUAUUUUUUUUAUGUUAUUGAAACGGGGCGUUCAUAUGUUUCAACGAUAUUUAAGGGCGUGCCGCACGCCCAGCAACAACUGACAAACUGAGGGGGCAGUGCCCAACAGCAACAGUCGCAACAAUUUUCAAAACAACAACAAGUACUUGAAAAACUGAAAAAAAAUCAUCAGCAACAACAACUAAAAACUCUUGUGAAACUGCAGUUGUAAUCUUUCAUGCGAAGAAACCUGCGUUUGGAUUGGAGGGCCCUGGCGAUGCUGGGCGCCCUCCUUUCGUUUAUCAUAGCCUGGUCGGGUCUAGUGUAUGCAUUGCCAGCGCAAACGGCGAUAUCGAACCAACAACAAGCCACAAACAAUACGCAAGAAAACGUAAAUAAUAUCAUUAGCAACAACAACACUAACAGCAACAGCAACAGCAACAGCAAUAGCCGUAAUAAAUAUAGUAGUAAUAGUUCUAUACAAAGUGAUCAUAGUCGUAAUAGUCGUCUCGUAGUGCUGAAGAGUGAAUAUAGUUUAGAUCAAAAUCAAAGUAUUAGUGCUGAAUUUAAUAUGCGAACGUUAAACAUUACAAAUCCAUCAACUGCCAUAAACUCAAUUACCGCAGCACCCAGCAGCAGCAGCACAGCAGCAACACCCAGCAGCAGCAGCACAACAGCAGCAACAGUUGCUGAUGUGGAUCCUUUGGGUUUUGUAUUUUCAUCGGCGCCACGUGCACAUUUGGCAAUACUCUCACGCACAGAGCGCAGCAUACGACAUCAGCAUCUGCAUAUGCAUCAUCAGCAACCGCAUAACAGACAGCAGCAACAAUCGCCUGUUGCUGCUGCUUCGGCUGCUGAUGCUGCUGUUGCCGGCAACAGCAAUUUCAUUGGUUCGAAAUCGAAAAGACUGAAUAACUCUAGAAAUAAUCUACACAUAAAUAGUAGCAGUAACAACAAUCCCAACAGCAACAUCAACAACAAUAAUCCCAGCAAUUUGGAUCGCAACGAACGCUCCACCAUCUCCCAUAUGGCGGGUGUAUCUCGCAAAAUCCAGUUAUAUAUCAAGAAUCGUAUACUACAGCUGCUGCCAGAUGGUACUGUAAAUGGAACACAGAACGAGCAGAGUGAAUACACCAUUCUGCAGCGCUCAACUGUGGAUGUGGGUCGUAUUAAGAUACAAAGUGUGGCCACCUGCUUGUAUCUGUGCAUGGAUGCUUGUGGCGCAGCCUAUGCCUCGAAAGACUUCACCGACGACUGUGUCUUCAACGAGAAUGUCGAGCUGCAUAAUUACAACACAUACUCAUCCACAUACAACUCGAAUUCGAGGCGAAAAUUCUAUUUGGCGCUAAAUCGUUAUGGUGCCCCGCGUCGCACACAAAUUCCGGCCACCAGGACAUUGGGCAAGCUGUCCACGUACACGAAUGCGAUCACCGAGACGGUGCCGCAGGAGCGCGUCGAGCAGCUGAUAGCCAAGAAUUUUGGGGCCAAUCGCGUCCAGCAUGGCGUGCGCCAACUCUGUGAUACCGGCAAGCCGCUGAUAGAGCUCAUCGACGCGGCACACUUCACGCCGCGACCCAAAUGCAGCAGCAGCAGUGGCAGUAGCAGCAUUAGCAGCAGCAGUAGCAGCAGCAGUAGCAGCAGCAGUAGCAGCAGCAGCAGUAGUAGUAGCAGUGGUGUUCCUGUGCCUGAGUUCAGGUCCAGCAGCCUGCAUAGUAUUAGUAACAAUAGUCAAAGCGACAACGGCCAUAUUAGCAGUAGCAUUAACAGUAACAGUAGCACUAGCAGUAACAUUAACAGUAGCAUUAACGGUAACGGUAGCAAUAGCAGUAAAAUGAACCGGCCCAAGAAGAAAAAAAACCAGCGCAAGUGCCGGCCAAAUGAUGAAAAUUGCCUGAAGCGGGUCGCGGCCGCCUCUGCAGGUGCGGGCGCGGGUGCUUUGCGCAAACGCGGCCCCAAGGGUCAAGGCGGCAAGAAGUCGCCUGGAGCGGCAACUGGCAAGCGCACACACGCAGCAGCAGGCGCCAACAAAGGCACACAGCAAAAGCCGCGGGCCCAGGGCAACGCGGGUGGCAAAAAAAAGCACCCCAAAGGCGUCAAGACGCGGCCCAAUUCGGGUGGCAAAAAGCAGCGAGGAGGCAACGCGGGAAAACGCCUUGUUACAAAGAGGUUGCAGCGCUUGCUAGAGCUGAGCAGCACGACAACAACAACAACAGCGGCAACAACAACGAGCAGCAGUAGCAGCAGAAUGGCCAGCAGCCUCGCAACGCCGAGUGACAGCUGGGAGAGCAGCUCGCCGCUGCCGGCGCUGGCUCUUAGCGAGACCAGCGAUCGAGUCGAGCGCAAUGUGCGCAUGCCCCCAGCCAGCGCUGAGGAGGACCUGGACGAGGAGGAGCACGACAACGAGCCAGAGAUGGACUCGGAGGAGGAGAACAGCGAUGAGGAUACACGCAGCUCCGCUGGAGACGAUUCGCUCUACUACGAUCAACUUGAUUUCCUCCAAUUGUUGUUCCUACAGCUGCUGCUGAUUAUGCUCUGGCUAUAGCCGAGUACCGCCCUCUGAGUUGGUUAACUGGAAUAUACAAGUAUAUACAAGUAUAUACAAGGAAUAUACAAGUAUAUAGACGUACCACCGAAACGCACAAGCUAUAGUUCCUGAUCUAAUUUAUAGGCCUAAGUUUUUAUUCAAAAUUGUGUAUAUAUAUAUACUUACUAUCAAACCUUAAGUAUAGUUAUUAGAUAUUGGCACCUUUUGUUUAGCUUAAACACAAUUUCUAUUAUUUAAGACUGAACACUAUGAAAUUAUAAGAGAGAA